AUGACGAUUGGGGAUUGGAUGUUGGACUACUGCCAAAAUCCUCUGGUGGGCACUUGUAACAUCUUGGCCGCAACUGACUACUUCCUAAAAUGGGCUGAAGUCGUUGCCCUCGAGGAAGUAAAGAAGGAGAAUGUUGCAAACUUCAUCCGAGUGAGUAUCAUCUAUCGCUUUGGCAUUCCUUGUUACAUAAUAUUAGAUAAUGGCAAGCUAUUAGACAACAAGUUGAUGAACAAGAUUUGUGAUCUCUUUUUCUUCAAGCAACAUAACUCUUCUAUGUACAAUGUUGUCGGCCUAGCCGAGGCAUUCAAUAAGACUAUAUGCAACUUGUUCAAGAAGGUUGUUUCCAAAUACAAACUAGAUUGGCAUGAUCGUAUGGAAGAAGCUUUGUGGGUGUACAACUCACCGCACACCGAUACAAGCAACUCCUUAGUCACUUGUCUAUGGAAUCGAAGCCGUUUUUCCACUCGAGCGUCAAAUACCUUAAUUACGAUUAGCUAUCCAUGA